ACAAAAGUGGCUGCUAGUUGCGGCGAGAAGCCACCAGCCCCCACCCUCUCAAUUGAAAUGCCUGAGCAGUCAAGGGCUGUUCACCUCCCCGUCUUGUCUUCUGGCACACCCCGGGAGGAACAAUGAGGAGGCAGGUAUGACUUCACAAUAAAAAAAAGUACAGAGUAGAAUUGAGAGAGAAAAAAAGGGAAACAGGUUCCUUGUUUUCUUUUCUUUUCUUUUCUCACUUUCUCUUCUCUGCCCCCCUGCCCCGUUCACUUCAGCUGAAACUGUGGGGCACAUGACUGCAAGUCAUGGUGGCAAUUUCAAGCCUUCAUCUAGAUGAUGACGGGAAUCUGAGAGGUCCUGUACACACAUUGCCUAUUCCUCGCCAUCUUCAUCCUCAGAAUUUGACUCCAGUUUUAGGUCCUCGAGAGCAUCCCAGGGAGGGGACCAGAAAACAUGGACAGAGCGCUGUUGUUUCUCCUGGUUGUCCUGGGUGUGGAGUGUGUCGAGCCUCUGACAGAUUCAGAAAAUAUUUCUGGGAAGCUGUUUUUUUAUCAAAUGGAUGGCAACGCCACCUAUGUGAGAGACACUGGAGAGCUGGCUUCAGAUAUCCCCACCGAGACUAUGUUCGAACUUUCUGAUCCCCAGCAAAAUUUCAGCAUGGCCAAAUUCAGCUACACUUGGGAUUUAGGGAACGGAGAGGUGAUCCAGGGGACUGAGCCUGUUGUCCGGUACCACUACGCCUUAUCUGGAAACUACACACUCCGGCUGAAAAUUGGAGUCAAUAUGACCCAAUCCACACCUCCAUUAACUGGAAUCUACUCCAAGGAUGUUCAAGUGCUUGAUGCCAUUAAAAGCAUUGAACUGAAGGGUCCCUCUGAUUAUGAAGUGUCACAGACCACUGGCCUGGCUUUUCAUGUGGAUGGGAGUCCCCCCAUGUGGGUGUGUUGGCGCUUCCUUCCCAAAUGCGAGCCCGACACGACGGGGGGCUGCACGCUGACCACGCUGUACGAGAACUCCUUGUGGCUCAACCACACCUUCACCUCGGCCGGCGUUCACUGCCUGAACAUCAGCGUCCGCAAUGACAUCAGCAAGCUGCAGACCUCCUUCAGUCUCUUCGUCAGGAAAAACAACACCGCCAAUAUGCUUUUCAUCCUGUCUUGCGCCACUAUCCUUGUGGCAACCUUCUCUUUCAUCACUGUCAUCGCCUGCCACCCUCGAUAUCACAACAGAUCUCAGAUCACAGUGUCCAGCAAUGCUUUGUUCCUGAAUAGGCACACUGAUGGCCACAGCAGAAUUGUUUUAAACGUGUCCCAUGUUGAAAGAGAAGAGAAAGAACCACUGUGGGGACAGAAUGCAACGCACUACUACGCUUAACCAUUCUCAUCUAUGAGUUCUUUUAUGGGGUCAUAUCUUAUUUGGAAAUUAUGAAACUAAAUGAAUGAAUUCAAAACGGCACAGGUAAUGUACAAACAACAGCAAUUUACUUCUAACUUACUAAUUUCACAGUACUCAGAAGCUAUUUGAAACUAGACAGUUGGUAUAAUUGGAGGGGAACAGGUGUACGUAUUUAAAAAAAAUCUGACAAGAACAAACAUAAAACAGACUCCGUUAGAGGAGUUAAACUGUGGAUGAUAAUGAACUGAAAACAUGUAGCACCCUUACUCUGUUUAAAAAGAAACAAGAGUGCCAAAUAAGUCAAAUUUGUACUUAGAAUUAGGGGUAAGACCCAAUAGUUUUUUUUAUUACUUCCCACUCCUAUUGAACAUAUACAUUUGUACAUUUAUUUUGUUUAUUUUUGUUUUGUUUAUAUUUCCUUUUAUUUUAUAACCGAUCUUGUGUUGAUUUGUUUUUGGAUAUGUUCAAUAAAGACAAUUAAAAAAAAAAAAAAGUACUAUAAAUAGUUAAACUGGAGCAGUCAGCAAGUUUGUAUUGUAUGUACUAUUGUGUCCCAUGGUUGUAUACCUGCUUUGUUCUAUGCUGUUUGAAUGAAUCAUUUAGUUAUAUACAGUAUGUUCACAAGGCUGCCAGGUCAUAUACCACGUGUGUAUUACAUUAUUUGUGUGACGUGACGACGAUCAAUUAGUGACCCACAGCGCUCAAGCUGAAUGCCUCAUGAAUUAUUAACUUUCAAAAAGGUCAUUUUACAGCAACGAGUGUUAGUAUAAGCUCAGUGGGAAGUGUUCAGUGACAUAUUUUUUGCAAACAUUUUCUUUCUCUUUGUGUAUUACUUGCAGAAAAAAAAGAAUAAAAGAUCUAUUUCUAGAA